AUGACCCCUAUGGACACAUCGCCAACCGAAACUGCUCCAUCUUGCAUCGAGGACGAGACUACGCUCGCAUACAUGUCACCCAGCUUUACCGUUGUCUCUGAAGCUUUCAGCGGCAGCCAGUCUGCUUCCAACGGCCCAGCGCCACAGAAACCGAAACAGUCGAAGAGCCGGAACGGAUGUGUGACCUGCAAGUCGAAGAGACUGAAGUGUGACGAGACAAAACCUACUUGUCUUCAGUGUCGGAAGAGGAACGUCCCCUGUGGCGGGUACAAGAAAGAUUUCAAAUGGAGGUCCUUCGAAGAGUCGAGUUUCACCGGCAAACCGAAGCCAAAGGUCAAGAAACAUGACACGGAAGGGCCCGGGAGUCUCCGCCAGCGAUCAUUGGCCACUAAAGGUUGCAGCGGCCAUUUUGUGAACGUCAAUCCCGACAAUAUUCCCUAUAAACUGCCCCGGCCGACGAGUGUAUUGCCUCCGUCGAGGCAUCGCGAUUCAAAGUUCGAAGCUCAGGUGGUGCCGUUUUUAGGGAACUUGGAGACCCGUGGGAAUGGCUCUCGUCGGGGGCGUGCAGGUGGCAGCUCAACGGGCUCAUCGAACGGAGGCGCUCUCUCUGAGUCUCCGGGGAUCAGUACCCCCGACUUUACAUCCGAGUCGCAGAGCAUCAAGUCGAACUCCCAUUCGCCACCGGUUCGCUGUGAAGAUAACGAUUUUGAUGAAGAGAUAGCUCGUCAAGACGUCAGUGAGGCCACCGACCGCAAACGGAAACCGUUGCCUCCGACGCCCCAAAUUCUGAGCAUGCCUCUCCCUGCACAGGUCUAUUUCCACGCGGACAGCGCUGAAAUGCUCCUUCUCAGAUUUGACCGACGCACCUGCGGUAUACUCUCUGUCAAAGACGGCAGGACUGAGAACCCAUGGCGGACUGCGGUGGCUCCCCUGGUCCGGGAGUCGCCUGCUCUAUAUCACGCAGUAUGUGCCCUGGCCGCUUUCCAUUCUACCAAGGAAAAUACUACAUACAGGUAUCUCGGGAUGGACCACAUGCGCCAGAGUAUCCGGACGUUGGCCGUGAAUAUAGAAUCCAUGGAAACAGACGCCGCCAUAGCCACAACACUAGCCCUUGCGUUUGCAGACACCUGGGAUAGACACGUCUCAACCGGAGUGGAACAUCUUCGUGGAGCCAAAGCCUUGUUCAACAGGGCCGUGGCCAGACAAAGGCAUACACCCCUUUCGCAGCAGGAUCAAGCGCGGCUGAUGUUCUUAUACAACAGCUGGAUGUACAUUGCCGUCAUCGCCCAGCUAACCUCUCCUGAAGACACCGGUUUUGACGAGAUCCCGUUUCCCCCUACCUUCACUCCGCGCAUUCAUGAAGUCGAUCCUUUGAUGGGCUGCGCGACUACAUUGUUCCCGUUAAUUGGUCGUGUUGCCGUCCUGGCCCAAAAGGUUCGCAAAACUACCUCAAACUCAGUUGCCACAAUAUCCCAGGCGAUGGAGCUCAAAACUCUCAUUGAACAAUGGACUCCCCCCACGUAUUUUGAGCCGCCAGAGGAUCCAACUUCCGGUCUCCAGCACUGCCUUCAAACGGCUCAAGCCUACCGCUUGGCCACGUUGCUUCAUCUGCAUCAGGCGGUCCCCGAAAUCGCGUCAGAACCUGCAAGUGAACUAGCUAAGCGGAUCCUAAUCCUGCUUGCCACCGUUCCGAUGACCUCACGAACAAUAGUCAUUCAGAUAUUUCCUCUUCUAGUGGCCAGCUGCGAAAUCGUCGAUGAAGAGGAUAGAAGCUGGGUAAGAGAUCGCUGGGCAGCGAUGCAACAACGAAUGGCGAUUGGCAAUGUCGACCGAUGUUUCGAGGUUGUCUGUGAAGUCUGGCGACGUCGAGACGCACAUAACGUAGCUAUGCUAGGCCGCCAACCCGAUCAAUAUCCUCUAACUUUCGACCCACCAGGAGUGGGGACCUGCGGUCUACACGACAGUGUGAUGGAGCCACUCAUUUUUGGAGAAACUUUGGUUCAGGGCGAGCAAGAUUCCUGUGAUAUCCUAACGGACGAGGUAAUCAACAAUAUCACACCCAUGCCGCUUAUCGAACCGUUUCAGAAUAUUACUACUCCAUCACCUCCGACAAUACCCUCGCCCUUCGGAUCCCCAAGCUUAGGCGUCAAUAAUGUCGAUUAUUCAAAAACAGUUCGAGGGAAAUCGCAUUGGCUAAGCGUGAUGAGAGACUGGGGAUGGGAAGCAAUAGUUGUCUUGGAUAAGGGUUAUACAGGGAGGAUAUAUAUUGGGUUGGUUAUUGUACUUAUCACAGGAAAUAUAGAUAAUAUCUGA